UUUACAUCUUAGUAUGCAUUUAAAAUCGUGACUUCUUUCUGAACUCCUAGGGAUAUGGAAAAAUUCAAGAUCCCACAACAGGUCCCUAAUUAUUCUAACUGGUUGCAACAGAUAGGAAUGUGAUUCAUCAUGAGUGAAAUUUAUGCUGCCACUGGGAGUGGCAAUGAUUUUAUAUCCCAUUGCUCCAGAAGCUCCGUCAAGAAGCUUGAGUGUCAAGUUGACACCGUCAAUACUGAGGAGAAGGUCAUCACAGUGCCACAAUGUGCUCUCUCAGUGCAGCCAAUGCCAAGUUCUGUCUUGACUUUUUCAGAGAGCUAAACAAAAGAAAAAGAAAUGAAAACAUCUUCUUCUCCCCAUUAAGUCUGUCAGCUGCCUUUGGAAUGGUUGUCCUUGGAGCCAGGGGCAGCACACUCGAGCAGAUUGAGAAGGUCUUUCAUUUCAGAGAAGUUUUGAGCAGUACGAGACAGAGAAACAGAUACCCUUCUCAGCAGUGUGAAGAAGAUGAAGGAGUCCAUUCCCAGUUCCAGGCUCUGCUGGCUGAAGUCAGUGAACCUGGACCAGGCUGCUGUCUCACCAUUGCCAACAGGCUCUUUGGAGAAAUUACUUAUCCAUUCUUCCAGCAAUACUUGGAUUCCACAAAGAAAUUCUAUCGAGCAGAACUGGAACCAGUAAAUUUUAAAUACACUGAAGAAGAAGUCAGAGACAAAAUUAACUUCUGGGUUGAAAAUGAAACAAAAGGUAAAGUUAAAGACCUAUUUGCUGCUGGUUUUAUUGAUCCCUCUACUGUACUUGUCCUGGUCAAUGCUAUAUAUUUUAAAGGAAAGUGGGCAGUAGAAUUUAAGAAAGAAGACACUAAGGAAGCAUAUUUCCACCUGAACAAGAAUGAGAAAAGGAAAGUGCAGAUGAUGUUUCAAGAAGGCUAUUUUAACAUGGCCAUCAUAGAGGAACUGAAAACAAAAGUCAUAGAGCUCCAAUACUUCAAUAAUGAACUGAGCAUGUUCAUUCUUCUUCCUGAAGAUGACUGUGAGGACUUUACUGGCCUACAACAGCUUGAAUGUGCCCUCACCUAUGAAAAGCUCACAGAAUGGACCAGCUUGGCUAUGAUGGAACCACUGAGAGUGAAGGUGUUCCUGCCCCAGUUCAAGAUGGAGGAAAGUUAUGUUCUCAACAACACUCUCCAGGAGAUGGGAGUAAUGAAUGUUUUUGACUGGGGAAAAGCUGAUUUGUCAGGAAUCUCUAUGAAAGAUGGCUUGGCUGUGUCCAAGGCCAUCCAGAAGACAAUUGUGGAAGUCAAUGAAGAGGGCACUGAAGCAGGUUGUUCCAUGGGGCUUCUUGCAAUGCCUCUGUGUUGCCCAAUAACUUGUGAGUUCAGAGCUGAUCAUCCAUUCCUCUUCUUCAUCAGACACAACCAAACCAACACCAUUCUCUUUUUUGGAAGAUAUUCCUCUCCCUAAGUGGAGGUUAUAUUGGAAAUUAGAUCUUUCUCCCCACUUACAUCCCAACUGGGAAACAAUAAGCAUAAAAGACAAAACAAAAUACAUUUCUCUAGACUUUAUCCUAAAGUCUAGUUUGCUGUAAAUAAAAAGAUUACCUGAGAAGACCCAAAUUAAAGAUAAAACCCUAAACCCCAUGAAUCUUAGGCAUAUUUUACUUUUAGAAGACCUCAUGAAAAUGAUAUCUACCUUAAAAUUCACUAUGAGGUAUUUACCAAAAUGCUGUAGUCCUCUAGAGGUAUCUUCAAAUAAAAUUUUACUUGAGCCUUUCCAAAUGCA